AUGAGCAUAUCAAUAUAAUACGGAUAUCGAUCCAAGAUAUUCAGGUUUGUGGUAAUAAACGAAGAUGAAUGUUCAAUGAGGUGAUGAAGGUUGAAAUUGCAAAUAAUAUCAUUUAACCAAAACUGGUGGAGGUUGAGAGUGGUAAGUUAAUUGUGCAGAUCGUAAGAGAGAAAUAGUAUCAUCAUUUUUUUCGAAAUGAAAAUAAAAUAGGACACCCGAAUUUGCACCAAUUUUGUAAAUGUUGACAAAUUUCGUGUCAAUAAGUAAGUCCAAAAAUGGUAAAAGUUUCAUCCUUAAGUGUGAUUAGCUUCUACAUUUUCACACAUCUUCAUUUGUUCAAGAUUGUGUCUGGAAUGUAUCCCCAAUUAUACCCUCGAAACCUUCCCAUCACCCUACGCCACCCCUACCCAAAUUAUCCUCAGUCACUGCAGAGAGCGUCCCCAUUUUUUUCCAUGAAUCGAAACCAACUCAACAACGCAGUCUCGUCACAAGAAUCGUCUUCAUCUUCCUCCUCAGCCCAGCAAGGUUCACAAUCGCCCAUGUUCAUUUCCACUUCCGGUCCACAGGAUCCUUCAAAUGACUUCAAUUAUAACACUCCAUCCCGCGACACGAACCAUUUGAUUCUAGACUUUUUAUACGAUUACUACGAAUACCCACCGUAUGGGGGUCAAGCCACUCCGGUCGAUUAUGGGUGGGUAUAUCCCCCCUCACCACCACCGACGGUGAUGACGAUACAAGAAAAUUCUCCCCCUCCCUCAUCCCAAAUAACAGAGACGCCCAUUAUAACAGGGCCGUCGCGAUUCAAGCCGUAUAAACCACCAAUGUCACCACCAAAAUCGAAGCCGGACGAUAAAGACACGACGGAUGAGGACUCCGCGACAACGGAUGAAGAUGAGGACGAAAAUAAAAAUCCUGACGUUCCCGAAUCACCGCCACCACCAGCACCAGCGUCUCUAUUUCAAUUUGGGCUUUGGAGUCCGCCAGCAAUAUCGGGAGGGAGUGGGCACGAUUAUAAGAAUAAAUUUACCCGUCUCAAAGAAAAGUGGAAUUAUCUCCUGGACAAGUUAAAGAUUAAGGAUGGCAGUGAUUCUUCAUCUCCUGCACCCAAUAAUAGUAACAAUAUGGAUAAAGAGACUGAAAUUAUUGUGAAUAGGAGGCCAAUCAAGGUGAGUGGGAGUGGUGGUGGUGGGGGAAACUACCCAAUUUCUAGCUCGUCCAGUAAUUCUGGACAAUUUCAACUGGAAAGUCUUCCGGGAUGGAAUGCUCCUCCUUUAAAGAACCCGCAAAGGUAUCAACAACGUUAUCCGAUAAGACAACAACAAGGAAACAGAAAUAAUUACAAUGGGUGGGUCCAACUUGGUAAUACGAGGAGGCCAUUUUCGUUCCCUUAUGUUUAUUAAGACCGAAAAAUUGUGUGGACAGUGUAAAAAGUUAUUAUAAUUGAUUAUAUUAUUUUGUUCAAAGGAAUUUUGAUUUAAAAAUAAAAUAGUAAUUAGGGAAUAACACAA